AUGUCUCCUCACAAGUUAGAUUGCCCAAGCAUCAAUAUCGCCAUUGAUCGGGGUGGUACAUUUACGGAUUGCCUUGGUAUUAUUGAAGGUCGCGAUGAGGAGAUCGUUGUCAAACUACUCUCUCAAGACCCAUCGAACUAUGCCGAUGCACCAAUUGAAGGUAUCCGUCGCAUCCUCGAGCAAGCGACCGGCAAAUCAUUUCCUCGAGACCAACAACUGAACAUGUGUGACUUUUCCAAUGUCAGUAUUCGCAUGGGUACAACAGUAGCGACAAAUGCUUUACUUGAACGGAAAGGAGAGCGCCAUGCUCUUCUAAUCACGAAAGGGUUCAAAAAUGCUAUGCAAAUAGGCAAUCAGUCUCGUCCAAAACUAUUCGCUCUCAAUAUUCAACGUCCAGAUGUGUUAUAUGAGGAUGUUGUUGAAGUUGACGAGCGAGUCACAGUUGAGGACUACCAACAAAACCCAACACCAGAUAAAGAGAGGCUCGAACGUGCCUUGGAGUCUGAUUCUCGUCUGACGCGUGGUGUUAGUGGUGAGAUUAUUCGUGUACUGGAGCCACUCAAUGAAUCUAGUACACGAAGCAGCCUUCAGAAGCUUUAUGAUAGUGGCUAUCGAUCAAUUGCUGUUUGUUUGGUGCAUUCAUACACCUUCCAGGAUCAUGAAUUGUUCAUCGAGCGCAUAGCGAAGGAGAUCGGAUUCACACAAAUUUCUUUGUCCAAUCAACUCCUUCCAAUGAUCAAAAUGACUUCGCGUGGUGCAUCUGCCACAGCAGAUGCCUAUUUGACUCCUGUCAUCCAACGCUAUAUCGAGGGUUUCCGGGCAGGGUUCAAAGACGGGUUGCGCUCGGCCGACACUCGCUGCGAAUUUAUGCAGAGCGAUGGAGGCUUAGCAAACUUUGAGAAGUUUACCGGUCUUCGUGCCAUUCUAUCCGGUCCUGCUGGUGGUGUUGUAGGAUAUGCGGGAACGUCUUUUGAUGAAAGCGAGAGGAAGCCUGUAAUUGGCUUCGAUAUGGGAGGCACCAGUACAGAUGUCUCCCGAUAUGAUGGGAAGCUCGAACACACCUUCGAAAACACCAUUUCAGGCAUUACAGUCAUGGCACCGCAGCUAGACAUCAACACCGUUGCUGCAGGGGGAGGAAGUAUUCUCUUCUACCGCCAUGGUCUUUUUGUUGUUGGUCCAGAGUCAGCGGCAGCUCAUCCCGGCCCUGCAUGCUACCGAAAAAAUGGGCCCCUAACAGUGACUGAUGCCAAUUUGUUCCUUGGCCGUCUUCUGCCUGACUAUUUCCCCAAGAUAUUUGGACCAAACGAGAAUGAGCCGCUUGAUGUCGAAGUGACUCGACAGAAGUUCACUGAACUUGCAAAGCAAAUCAAUGAGGAAACUGGCCAGAACAAGUCCCCAGAAGAAAUAGCUCUUGGCUUCAUUCAGGUGGCAAAUGAGUCUAUGGCCAAACCUAUCCGCGCACUGACUGAAGCUCGUGGAUUCGAGACAUCUGCACAUAAUUUGGCUUGCUUUGGCGGUGCAGGAGGCCAGCAUGCUUGCGCUAUUGCCUCGUCACUAUCUAUUGGGACAGUAAUUAUUCACCAGUACUCAUCAAUCUUAUCUGCAUAUGGCAUGGCCCUGGCAGACGUUGUCCAUGAAGCCCAAGAACCUGCAUCGGGCGUUCUAGAUGAGAUUUCUAUGAAGAGUAUUGCUCAGAGGAUCGAUGCUUUGAAAGAUAAAGUGACCACUGCUCUUGGCACUGAUGGCAUUGAAGAGACACAGAUUCAACAUGAAGUUUAUCUUAAUCUUCGUUAUCAGGGUACCGACAAUACUCUGAUGGUCUUAGAGCCAGAGCAUGGGGACUUCCUUGCAGAAUUUGUGAAAGAGCACCAGCGUGAAUUUUCUUUCACAUUCCCAGGUUGCAACAUUCUUGUGGAAAAUAUCCGCGUUCGCGGUGUUGGUAAAGCCACUUCUGCCGUUCCGGAAGCUCCCCAGAAAGAGAUCAAAUCUCUCGACAUCCAGCCUGUAGGCUCGGAAAAACAAGAUGAUUCUUCAUCUGUGUACUUUGCCAGUGUUGGUCAUAUGACUACGCCAAUCUUCUUUCUCAGCAAUCUUAAGCCAGGGAACUUUAUCCAAGGGCCUGCAAUGAUUAUUGAUAACACCCAAACCAUUGUGGUAGAACCCAAUGCGACCGCGAAAAUACUUUCGCGACAUGUUAUUCUUGAUGUUCAAUCAUCAAACAAACAGACAGACGAUGCGACUGUUGUUGAUCCCAUAAAACUCUCCAUCUUUGGCCAUCGCUUCAUGUCGGUCGCAGAUCAGAUGGCGAGAAGGUUUCAAAAAACAUCCGUAUCAACAAAUAUCAAAGAACGUCUCGAUUUCUCUUGUGCUGUCUUCUCGCCGGACGGAAAGCUAGUUGCAAAUGCGCCAAACGUCCCUGUUCAUUUAGGCAGCAUGGAAUAUGCUGUGAGAUAUCAGCAUGAACAGUAUGGUGGCGACUUGAAACCUGGAGAUCAUAUCCUAACCAAUCACCCUCUCGCCGGAGGUACACAUCUUCCCGAUAUCACGAUCAUCACUCCCGUUUGGGACAAAGAUGGGAAGCGUACAAUAUUCUAUGUUGCUUCGCGCGGACAUCAUGCUGAGAUUGGUGGUAUCGCGCCUGGCUCUAUGCCAUCAGAUAGCAAAAUGCUUUAUGAAGAAGGUGCCAUGACCAUGGGCUUCAAGGUAGUAUCGCAAGGCCGAUUUGACGAAGAUAUUGUUCGAAAGUUUCUUUAUGAGGAUCCAGCCUCUUAUCCCAAUUGUAGUGGCACCCGCACCUACAAUGACAACGUUUCCGACCUCAAAGCGGCAAUCAGUGCGAACCACAAAGGCGCACAACUUCUCGAGGCCCUGGUACAAGAAAACACAUUAGAAGUUGUCCACUUCUAUAUGGAUGCUAUCAAACUCAAUGCAGAGGUCGCCGUCCGGGAGCUUCUUGAAUCGAUUGGUCGUCAGAAUCCAGGCAAGCCGCUCCAAUUUUCCGAUUUCAUGGAUGAUGGCACCGAGAUCAAGUUAGAGAUUCGCAUCAACACCGAGGAUGGAUCUGCAGACUUUGAUUUCACAGGAACGGGUCGCGAGACUUUCAAUUGUCUCAAUGCACCAAAGGCGAUCGCCCAUUCUGCAAUUAUCUACAGCUUGCGAGCCUUGAUCGAUGUAGACAUCCCUCUGAACCAAGGUUGUCUGGCACCGAUCAAUGUGAUCAUUCCUCCUGGCACAUUGCUGAAUCCAUCGGGACACGCAGCUGUCUGCGCAGGAAACCCAAUUACCUCUCAACGUAUCACUGAUGUUGUUCUCGGUGCAUUCAGGGCCUGUGCUGCCUCGCAGGGAUGUUGCAAUAUUAUCUCCUUUGGUAUGGGUGGUGUAGACUCCAAGACAGGAAAGGAAAUCCCUGGAUUUGGAGUUGGUGAGACCAUUUGCGGAGGUUCCGGAGCUGGUCCAUCAUGGCAUGGAACAUCAGGAGUGCAUGUCCAUAUGACAAAUACGCGGAUCACGGACGCUGAGGUCUAUGAACUACGAUACCCUGUGAUCCUGCGACAGUUCUCGAUUCGUCAGGGCUCUGGUGGUCGGGGUCAAUUCCGGGGUGGUGAUGGUGUUAUCCGAGAACUCGAAUUUCGAAUGCCACUUUCUGUGUCCAUAUUAAGCGAGCGCCGUGUCUAUCGCCCUUAUGGGCUGGCAGGUGGAGAGCAUGGUCAGGCUGGACUGAACUUGUAUCUGAAGCAUGAAUUGAAUGGAGAUGAGCGAAUGAUAAACAUUGGCGGGAAAAUGGAAUUGGAAGUCCAGCCUGGUGAUCGGAUCCUGAUUCAUACACCUGGUGGUGGUGGCUGGGGCUUUCCAUCAAAUGAAGAUGCAGCGCUACAUACCAGAAAAUAUCCUGGUAACACAGUUUUUCAGCCUCGAGGUAGUGUGCACACCUUCAACUCUAUGGCUGAAGCAGCGCAAUAG